AUGCUGGAGCCAUCCUCCUCGGAGGAUGAGAACGAGACGACCUAUCUGCCCGAACAGGACGACACCUCAAGUGCCCUUUCCGGUCUGUCCUCGCAGCGUGACAGCAGCAGUCGACAGUCGCAGGCAACCAACCCGAGCCAGAACUACCUGCAUCCGAACGUGGCCGGUCAGCGCAGUGUGUCGCCCUGCGUCGAGCCGCCGGCCACGCCAGUCGCCUGCAGCAAUGCUCAACAGCAGAACUACCUAACCGCACGAGCUUCACUCGCUCACCUCCGAGCCACCAGUCCAAACCCACCUGAGCUGAUCACCAGCGAGCCCGAAAAGGCCGAAGAGGAGCCCGAGGAGGAUGAGGCCGACAAGGCGGAACGGGAAGAAGUGGAACGCAAGACUCGACUUCAGCUGUACGUCUUAGUGCUGCGCUGUAUUGCCUAUCCCUUCAAUGCGGCGCAGCAGGCGGAGCCGAUCAAGACGAGGAAUAUCAAGGUGACACUGUCGCAACUGGAGCAAAUUAUCAACCGUUUCAACAGUUUCCUCAACAAUGAGCUGUCCAUCUCUGCGGACGAGUCCUUCCGGAGUGCUGUUCACAAUUACUUUGAGGCAUUCCUCAAGAGCAACCGCUUGCACAUGAUCGUCGCAAGUGGUGCCUGUAGCGCUGAGGACUUUCGCGAAGUCUUCCGGAAAAACAUUGAGAAGCGAGUGAAAAGUUUGCCCGAGGCGGAGGGCACCACGAAAGAGUCCAUCAUCAGUCAGUGGCUCACCAAGUUUGACGUCAUCUUUCGUGCCUACGAUGACGGCGAGUCAAAGAAGCUAACGGGCAGCAAAAUGCAGCAGUACCAGCAGCAACAGCAGAACUUACAAAUAUGCGAUACCAUUCUCACCAAAGAACAACUGUACGACACGUUUCAGAAUAUUUUGAAGAUUAAAAAGUUUGAACAUCAAUUGCUCUACAAUGCUUUGCAGCUCGACUCUUCUGACGAACAGGCGGCAGCAAUUAGGCGGGAGCUUGACGGCAGAAUACAGCGAUGCGCAGAAAUGGAAAAGAAUCGCAAGCUGAUGCCGAAGUUUGUUCUCAAAGAGAUGGAAAGUUUGUACAUUGAAGAGGUUCGAAAAUCAAUCAACACUUUGAUGUCACAUCUGGAGAGCUUGCCAGUGCUAAAGAGCAAUACUGACAGUCGCUAUAGUUUGCAAAAACUUCAACUGAAAAAAAUCAACAACCAUAGGAAGGAGACUGCCAACUGCCAAACGCAAGCCUCGCUUGCCAAGGAAGGACUCAUGGAAGAGAAGCCCGAAAUAUCUCCACUCUCCAAAGUGGACGUCAUACUAUCCUUUUCAGUGGAAGUGGUGGUCUUGGAGGUACGCGGUCUGAAGACGCUGCCGGCUAAUCGAGUCGUGUACUGCACCAUGGAAGUGGAGGGACAGGAGAAGCUGCAGACAGGUCACGUCCUGGCUGCAAAGCCAAUGUGGGACACGCAGGGCGACUUUUCCACUAUGCACGCCCUCCCUGUAGUCAAAGUGAAGCUGUACGCGGAGAGCCCAAGCAUUCUCAGUCUGGACGACAAGGAGCUGGGCAAGGUGAUCAUCAGACCGACGCCACUGACGCCAAAGACUCCCGAGUGGUACAAGAUGAUUGUGCCGAAGAAUGCCGCCGAUCAGGAUCUUUCAAUAAAGAUUAUUAUUCGCAUGGACAAGCCACAAAAUAUGAAGCACUGUGGCUAUCUGACAGCUCAGGGAAAGCAAGUGUGGAAAAAGUGGAAACGACGGUACUUUAUUUUAGUGCAAGUUUCGCAGUACGCCUUUGCAAUGUGCAGCUAUCGUGAGAAAAAGUCAGAUCCAGUGGAGAUGCUGCAGCUAGAUGGGUACACGGUGGACUACAUUGAGCCCAUUCCCGGUAUGUUCAACAUGAUUUGCUCGGUAGAACUGGAGGAGGGAAAGCACUUCUUCAAUGCCGUCAAGGAAGGAGACAGUGUGGUCUUUGCCUGCGAAGACGAAAAUGAAUGUCACCUUUGGGUGAUGGCCAUGUACCGAGCCACUGGUCAGGCGCACAAACCGACCCCCCUUAUGAGUAGUCUCAAUAAGAACUCCACCAUCUCUCGCAUUCAAGGAG